CAGAAAGGGGAGAAGGUUUUUGUUUCUGCUGCUUCAGGAUCAGUUGGGAAUUUAGUUGGACAGUACGCUAAACUAUGUGGAUGUUAUGUCGUUGGCUCUGCUGGCUCCCAACAAAAGGUGAAGAUACUGCGAGAGAGGCUUGGUUUUGAUGAUGCCUUCAACUACAAACAAGAACCUGAUCUCAAUUCAGCUCUAAAAAGGUGUUUCCCAGAUGGAAUAGACAUAUAUUUUGACAAUGUGGGAGGUAGCAUGUUGGAAGCCGCAGUUGCCAACAUGAACUUACAUGGGAGAGUUGCCGUCUGUGGUGUAAUCUCCGAGUACACGGAUCCCGCAAAGCGGGGCGCACCCAACAUGCUAGACGUGAUUUAUAAAAGGAUCAAGAUCCAAGGGUUCCUUGCUGCUGAUUUCAUCAUGAUGAAAUCAUACACAGAUUUCCAUGCCAAGACUAGAGAGUAUCUCGAGAAUGGGAAGAUUUAGGUGCUUGAAGAUAUUUCCCACGGCAUUGAGAGCAUUCCCAUGGCAUUCAUCAGAAUUUUUCAUGGGGACAAUGUCGGAAAGAAGAUUGUUCAGAUUGCACCUGAGUAAGUCAUUGGAGUUGCUUCAAUUGUUCUUGAGAAGUGUGAUUUUAUUACUAACCACUGAAGUCCAAUGAAAAAAGGCUUUCAAUUGUUUAGCAGCCUUUAUAAAGAAUGAUUCAACUAAUAUUUCAAUGCACUUCCUCAGUCAAAUGUUUUACGGAGUAUUAUUUUAUAACUCAAGCUAUGUUCUAUAUAAUCCCC